GUCUGCAAUGAUGUGACAAUAAAGAUACCUCCUUCCACUCUCUGAUAACUUUGGGAUUGUCUCUAUUACAUACAGUGCUUCCCAAUAAUACACACAAUUCAAGGAACAAACCGCGCAAAAAAAAGCAACGUCAAACCACCGACCGUGGUCGGCGUCGUGGAAAUCGGUGCCAAAAGUCGACAGAGGCAAGCCAGCCCCACGAAAGUGUGUCAAAGAGGAACCGAAGGGGGUAAAAUUGAGAGAUAGAGAAAGGGAAAAAUAUAUAGACGCAGCGAGAAGGAUCAGGUCGGAUAUCUUGAGGAACGGGGAGGACAGAACGGGCGGAUACGUGCUAAGGCGUGUCGAGCCGGAAACACGAACGGGCAUCACGAGGGUGGUGGUGACGCAGGCAGAACGGUGGUGGUGGUGGUGGUGGUGGCGGCGGGGCAGGCAGGUGGCGGGAUCUAAGCCGGAAUAAGAGCAGUUAGAAUGGGCAACAAGCUCUCCUGCAGUUGCGCACCCCUAAUCAGAUCAAAGACGUAUCGUUACGAGGACAGCCCAUGGCAGGCCGGUGCCAGAGGCGGAAUGGGCGGCGGCGGAGGACGCAGGGGUGAUACUGGCCACUUGCUCAGGUGCGGAAGCUUAAGAGACAGGAAGAGGCUGUGGGCCGAAGUGUUCCAUGUAAACUCGAGCGGGGGUGGAAGCAAAUGGCAGCAGGUGUCCGAGGAUUUGGUCCCGGUGAACAUCACCUGCAUCCAAGACUCGCCGGAAUGCGUCUUCCAUAUCACCGCGUACAAUAGCCAGGUCGAUAAGAUUCUAGACGUCCGGUUGGUCCAGCCAGGUACGCGUAUCGGUCAAGCAUCGGAGUGCUUUGUCUACUGGAAGGAUACAGUGACAAAUGAUACGUGGGGGCUGAACUUUACGUCUCCCAUAGACGCAAAGCAAUUCAGAGAAUGCUGCUCACCAUCGUUCAAGAUUUCAAGGAAAGCGUCCUCUUCUUACUCGUUGAAGCUCGAGCCACCGAACAAGCAGAAGAUCAAAACACGCCGAAAGCCGCUAUCGACACCGGCCUCACCGAGCCGAUCCAGGGAACCUCAGUGUACCUGUAUGACGCCGGAACAAUAUGCCCGACUGCGCAGCCAAGAUACCAGAUACCGAAGUCCAUGCGGGCCAUCUACACUUCCACGGACCAUAGGACGAUCCACGGAAAUGGACAUGACGCCGGGACGAGACAAGAUAACAGCGGCCACAUCCAGCGCGUCUCUCUAUGACAACGUUAAUAAUACUAGUGCGACACCCGGGAAAACACCAAAGGCCGGCGACUCAGCCAAGCAGAAGGAGAAGCAAAAUGAGACGUGUCAGACGACUCCAAAGACUGCCAACAUUGGAAUCGGAACGGUCACAGUGGGAUCGCAGAUCGACAGCCCAGACGAAAAAGGUUCUACAAUAUCGCCGAAGAAACAAAAACAAAGCCAGGACACGUCUACGCAACAGAAUGGCAUCGAGAUGCUGAAAUCAGAAGGCACCCAGGCCGGCGGCACUUUGCAAAUUAAGUCAUUGCGCAAGGAGCAGCUCCAUCACACCAAGUCAGCCGACUACACUGAACUGGAGAUGCAGAACGGCAAUCUCUUUAACAUUGUCAACAACAAUCACGGUCACAGGUCGAAGAGCAAGAGCACCGACGACAUGCGGAUCGAGAAUGCACAGAACGGCGGCAUCAGUCUGGAUUCGAAUACUUUGAAACGUAUGCUAAAGCCAAUGCCGAGUAUCGAUAGCCCGGUGACGUCGCCGGAGAUGACGAGGAAACGUCACAGCCACCACAGUUAUCACUACCAUCCGAGCAAUAACAAUCAGAAGUACAUGAUGCAGGAGAUUGACAACGAGAAUUAUGCGCAUCCGUAUCGCGCGCCUUAUAACAACAAGUUUCAAAGUUCCAGGAGCGCCCACGACAUGAGUCGGCAAUACUCCGGCGGCAGAGGCAGGACGUACUUAGAUUCGGAACGUAAUCGGUGCACAGGUGACAUGUCGCCGCCUUCGGACAAUGUCAUCUUCGACAACCAGUGCUAUGCCACCACGCCGAGUUCGUCGAACGGCAAUUCCGACAUGGAGCAGCCAAACCACUGCAACUCCCGCCGUUGCAACGGCGGCCAGACAUAUCAACAAAGCAUGCAGUCGGUGUCGACGCCGGGCAGCCCGACCAGCCGGCUGCUUCUCGAAUACGAAAUGCAUCUCAGGAACACUCUCGCCAAGGGUAUGGACGCAGAGAGCUAUAGCCUGCGCACAUUUGAGGCUCUACUCACGCAGAGCAUGGAGAACUUGGAAUUUGCGGAAAACAUACCGUUGAAUGUUCAGCGCACGCCUCACGCUUCACGAAGACGUUCCAAUUCCAACAAGUCGUCGACCCUGCCGCUAUCAUACCGCUACUGCAACGAAAGACAGAACAGCAAGGACCGAGACGGUUAUUACAGUGAUCGCAACGAGAUGGUGAGAGAGAAAAGAGAGCGAGACCCCGAUCGGGAUCGCGGCUAUCUCAGCGACUACAAUUCUAGAUGCGCCAGCUGCAUCGGGGAGUCCGCGCGCGCACAAUGGUUCCGACAUUCCGACGGAUGGCAGUCGGGUAGCUCGACCUUCGGCUCCGGCGCUUCGAGUUCGAUAAAUCCAGGCUACUCGGGACACAAAAGAGAAUCACCCUGGGAUUCUCUACCGUCCCUGAGACACGAGGGCAGUCUCAACGACAGCGGUUACAAGUCCAACCGGACUGACUCGCUCGAGCAAAGAGGUACUUUCGACAGACAGGACAGCGUCAGAUCUGACUACAUGUCCGACCGAGAUGGCAGAUACGGAAUCGUUCAACAAGCUUCAUUGGAGAGCACCGACUCGAGGCUCUGCUACUUGACGUCUUCCGAAAUGUCGGACGAUGAUAGAAUGUCCCUCACCACUGCCGUCAGCGAUGACGACGACGGCGAGAGUGCUAUAAAUUCGCCCUAUCGGAAGCAGACCGGCACGGCUGCAGCUUCGUUCAAUUGCACCGGUGCAGUUCGGAAGGCAGGAUUUCUCAGCGUGAAGAAAUGGUUGUUGCGCAAGAAGCAUCAGAUCGAGCUAGCUAAAAAGAGAGGCUGGAGGGGUUAUUGGGUCUGUUUGAAGGGCACCACUCUCCUCUUCUAUCCCUGCGAUUCACAGGAGAGUAGGGCCAUGGAGGCAGCACCUAAACAUCUGAUCAUCGUCGACGGUGCGAUCAUGCAGCCGAUUCCCGAACAUCCAAAGAAAGAUUACAUAUUUUGCUUGAGCACCGCAUUUGGGGACGCCUAUCUGUUCCAGGCGCCGUGUCAAGUGGAGCUGGAGAACUGGGUGAAUAGUAUUCACUCGGCGUGCGCCGCCGCGUUCGCGCGUCAUCGUGGCAAAACCGGCACGCUGCACCUGCUGCAGGAGGAGAUUUUCCGUCUGGAAAAGGCGAUCGAAUCGGACCACAAGAUGAAGCAUAUGGCGGAUCUUCAGCAAUCAGUGGUUUCUGAUGUCGACACCAAACAGCAGAUCAACAAUCAAAUAGUACAAUGGGAGGAGAAUCUGGAGCGGCUCCACUGCGAGCAAUUUCGCCUGCGGUGCUACAUGGCCAGUUUGCAAAGUGGCGAACUGCCCAAUCCGAAGAGUCUACUGACGCAUGUGUCUCGCGCCACAAAGCAAACGUUAAACAAAUUGGGCGUGUUCACGGUGUCAUCCUUCCACGCGUUUAUCUGCGCGCGUAGCCCGUCUCUACUGAAUAAUUUAUUGGCGGGUCGCGGAGCGACGAAGAGACGACCGCCUCUGCUGUCGAGAUCGAAUAGCGGCUCCAGUAGGCGCUCGCUGCAGAUCUCGUCCAGGGACGAGGAGAAGAGCGUGAAGGUGUCCGUGCCGGAAAAUCAGGUACGAUCGUCAGGACACCGGCUGGUCUCGGUGUUUCUGCGUGACGCUAUGACCGUGGAAGAGUUCCUAGCGAGCGCAUGCACCAGAAAGAAUCUCAAUCCGAUGGAGCACUUCGUGCGCGUCAAAAAGCGCCGGGAUAUGGAGGACCAUAAUUACUUUGUGCCACAUAGGACUGAUUUGAUAGAAACCUAUUUGCAUACGCAUGAAAUCGUGGAAGUCUGUGCCAAGAUUUUAUAUCAAGUGGAAUUGCAAAGAAACACUUUAGAACAAAUGUGGGGCUUCUCCGUCGAGGCGGAGCUCAUAGAAAACUCCGAUAGGCAGGAUGAGCUCUGCUGCUACGUUAGUAGAGUGGAAGACAAGAGUGUCGCCAUGCAAAACGGAAUCAUUAAAGGCGACGAGAUUAUGGUAAUCAACGGCGCCAUCGUGAGUGACCUGGAUAUGAUGUACUUGGAGAGUGUUUUACAGGAGGAGGUGGGUCUCUGUAUGAUGAUGCGAUCCUCCAGAACGGAGCCACCAGAUCUCACAGGUAUUAUGCGAGUUACCGAUGACAUAAUUGAGAGCCUGGUCUGUCCGCCGCCGCCUACUGACCCACCAGUAAUCAGCGAAGAAAUGAUUUCCGGUCUGAUUGUGCCGGCACCCGGAUGGAGCAAGGAGAACAUUAUGCAAGAAUGCUCGUCAGCCAGCCACGCAGAUAACAAGCAAAGCUCGCGCACAAAUUCUUUCGAGAUCGAGAAUCUUUUGAAAACUGCCGAGCAAGUGACGGUAAUUUGUCGUUCUCCAGGUGAGACCAGAAAGUCAAGUCCCACCGGAAGUGUAGUCAGUUCCCACUCACAGGCUCUCACACCAAGCCGGCAGCUAAGCGACGCUGAGAAGCUGAAGAAAGUGAUUUUAGAACUGAUUGAGACUGAACGGACUUACGUAAAGAAUUUAAAUAAUUUGCUGGAGAACUAUUUGGAACCUCUUAAACGCGAGACCUUCUUAUCGAACGCGGAGAUCAACGCACUGUUUGGUAAUAUUCAGGAAAUUGUCACGUUUCAACGACAGUUCCUGCAAAAUCUCGAUCACGCCAUCGAGAUGGAGGCCGAUUUCAACAGUUUUGACCAUCCGAGUCAAUUUAAGGGAGUCCUGUUUUCCAUUGGAAGUGCCUUCUUAUAUUACGUAAAUCACUUCAAGCUAUACAGCUCGUUUUGUGCCAGUCAUUCGAAGGCUCAGAAAGUUUUACAUCCAAACGAGGGAAAUCAAGCUUUACAAGAGUUCCUGCAAGCAAGAAAUCCCCGGCAGCAACACUCGUCGACCUUAGAAUCGUACUUAAUAAAACCUAUACAAAGAAUACUCAAGUAUCCGCUGCUGUUACAGCAGCUUAGGAAUCUCACCGAUGAACGAAGCGAAGAACACCAACACUUAAUCGAGGCGCUCAAAGGUAUGGAAAAGGUGGCGGAACACAUAAACGAAAUGCAGAGAAUUCACGAAGAGUAUGGCGCUAUUUUCGAUCACUUGUUCAGGCAACACCAAAAGUCCUGCAAACAACCGAUCGACUUAAGUCCAGGCGAUCUUUUGUACUACGGCGGUGUCGAGUGGCUCAAUAUUUCCGACUUUCUCGGCAAGAUAAAGAAAGGUCUCGAGUUACAUGCGAUGUGCUUCGUAUUUAAAUCGGCCGUCGUGUUCCUAUGCAAAGAGAGAUUGCGACAGAAAAAGAAGCUCAUGGGAGUUUCGACGAAGGCUAAUUCAAGUGAAGUAGAGAUCAUCCGUUAUCAGGUGCUAAUCCCGGUGACGGAAGUCCAGGUCAGGGCCAGCUCCGCCAAAGAUAUGGAGUCCCACUUCUUGUGGGAAUUGAUUCAUUUAAGAAGUCAAUUACAAAGGAGAUCGGAGAAAGUAUACGUGCUAUCCAACAGUACAACAGAAUUUCGUAAUGCGUUCCUGAAGACGAUCCGGCAGAUCAUCCGUGAGUCGGUGAGAAAUAUGAGCAUACCUUCGACGAAGCAGAACCUAAGUCAGGCGCCGAUGUCGAUGGCGCCGCGAAUGUCGACCGGCCACGUGGAAAAAUUUAACAAACAACAGGUCGGCCAGACGCAGAACGGAAAUGGCGGUACGCUUUCAAAAAAGGCAAUGAAGCAGCAGCUGCUGUCCAGUUCGCAGAAGCGCAAAUAUAGUCACUCGAAGCAGCCAGUGGAGCACGAAAGCUCAGAGGAUAAGGAUCAAGAGGAUGCACCGGCUCCCCAGCAGCAAACAUUUCGUUCCAGAAGCAAGACUAUAAGUGACACUUCCGGCGAAGCGAAGGUCGAGAUGGAUUCGGGUACAAAGUCGGAAGGUGAGGAAGAUUCGCAGGCUUUUUUAGGCGAGAAGAAAACGACUCUCGGCCGCACACCUAAUCAUCUGACGCUGAGCACUACGUCGACUAUCUCGGCGGGAAGUACUGGCAGCCAGGCUAGAUUGAUUCAGUCUUCCCAUCAGCCUGAGAAUUAUCAACCUAUUACCGUCAAAGAACUCGGUUCGCCGAUUUGGAAGCCACGGGAACUACCCUCCCUGGGGGAGGCCACUACGUUGCCGCGUAAGGGUAAGUCGGCUGGCGAGUUUGCGGACAUGAGCUCGAGCCACAGCGCCUCCCGAAAGUCUCUGAUAGAAAUCAACAAUUCUGCUCAACAACCUAACUUUAAUAAUCACGUUUAAGUUGAAUAAUAUCGAGGUUGACUCGCUAACGAUAAUAUCGUUAAGUUCCGCCACCGCUAUUAAACGCGAUCGGCACUACCACCACCACCACUACUACUAUCACCACCAUCAUCAUCACCACCACUACCAUCAUCAC